AGGGAUCAAUUUGUCUAAUUUUAGAGGGAAAAGAAGAAAAGCGCCACCACAUUUGCAUAGUAGCAGAAGAUGAGAUCAUCAAAACACAGAGCAUCAGAGAACAAUCGGAGGAGCAUCAGCGGUCAGAUGUACACCCUCCAUCAGCGUCUCUACCAUGCUCUCAACCUUGGCACCAGCAGAUUUUAUGAUGACAACACAAGGAAAUGGCAGUCUAUGGAUAUUGAGAUACAAAGACAUGUGGUUCGCUCAAUCGCUGCAUUUCUUGAUUCUAUUUCUGGAGAUACAAUACACCAUCCCCUUGUAAAGGAUUCAGUUUCUGAUAUGGUUGGGGCAUUGGUAGGGAUUCUUCAAUAUAGAAAUGGAUCCAUGCUAAAUAUAGCAGCAAAUGUGGUAGAAAAGUUGGUCAACAUUUUACCCAAUUCAAUAGUGCAGCCUUAUGUGUUAGAUCUUGUUUAUCCUCUCUCGAAAUCAUUAUCUUUAAAUCAAGGAAACAUUGCUAUAUCAUGUGUUAUUGCUUUGAAUCUGGUUCUCUUGAAUCUGAACUCUAAGAGUGAGAAAGCAAUUUGGGAGAUUUUGAAAGAAACAAAAACUGUUGCUCAUAUUGUUAGUAACAUACAAGAUACUUCUGGAGGUAUGGUGCCAAGCGAACAUUUUCAAGAGAUGGCUUCGCUAUUGAGUACAAUAUUGUGGCGGUGGCCUCCAUCUAGGUAUCCUGUUUGGACUGAUGCUAAACUGAUGAAAACUUUGGAGGCUAUAUUUGCAAGGCCAGAUUUAUCUGUUAAAGUUGCAGUUUUGAAGUUGUAUUCUGCUUUAGCUUUAUGUGGUAGUGGGGCCAAGAAUCUUAUAGAUAAUGGAGAAGCCUUUCUGCAGAUCACUGUGCAAUGCAUGGGCAGAUCACACCCUUAUUCUGUUCAGGUGGAGGGAUUUAGACUUGCCCAAUGUUUAGUGAGAAAUGAAGAAAACUGUUUGAAAUUGUUGAACUUGUUUGGCGAGCCUGUUGUUAAUGCCAUAGUAAGUGAGAUGUGCAAACAGAACUCACUUUCUGGAAAGGCUGCAAAUGACCAAGUAUCUUUAUUAAAGGAAGCAUGUCGCUUAGCUCUGAUUACUCGUUGGGCAGGCAAGCAUCACAUUUAUUUUUGGAAACAAGGGAUUGACAGAGUUCUCCUUGGUCUUCUCUUAGAAGAUUUUCACGACAACUUAUAUCAACAUUUCUUGUCGUUGGAGGAGCUAAUGUCCAUUGCGCAUAAGGUUCUCAGUUCCAAUUAUCUUCUUGUGUUGAGGGGUUACAUCUGGGAUAUUCUUGGAUGGCUUGCAACACAUUGUGGGGAAGAUUUCAACCCCAACACACAUGGAAAUGAACUCCACCUCAACAUCCUUAUUACAUGUUCAUGCUUGGUCUUUGUGGACGUAAUUCGCAAAUGGUGUCAAAUAUGUCAAAAUGAUGUUGUUGAUGCCUUCAAAAGUGAACCGGCAUCAAGGGCAGUUCUCAUGAUGAUUUUCUCUCCAUGCAAGUAUAUUGCCUCAAGGGCAAGAUUGACACUAUUCGAGAUACUGAAGCCAAAUGGCAAGGAAUAUCUGAAACACGUACUGCAUACCCUAAGUUAUACAGCCUCCGGUAGCAACCUUGGAAUGCCAAAUGUACUUAAAAUUGUCAUUAACUUGAUUGGCUUGACUUGUUAUUCAGGUUUACCACAAUAUCAGAGGAACGUUAUCAAAGGUGAAGGGAUAAAGACACUACUAGUUCUUGUAAAGUGGUGCUUAGAGAAUGAUGUCCAUAUAGGAAGGCUGAGCUUUGCUCCUCAUUUGCAUAAUACGUUCCAUGAGAGGUGUUGUUGCUGGGUUUCUACAGAAGACUGGGAGGGCAAAGACAUUCCUUUGCUUUAUAGUUUGUGGGUACUAGCUGAGUUGAUGCACAAUUCUGGUUCUGCUAGAAAUAUUCUAGACAUAUUUGCUGGUGAGAUGGCAUAUACUGAAGCUGAACUAGUUAGCAAGCUCCAGGAGAUCUGCAUCAACACUUCUACUCCUGGACUCAGAUGGUUUGCUGCUUACGUUCUUAGUUACUUUGGAGCCUAUGGUUUUCCUAGUAAAAUUGGGAAAAGGAUUGGGAAAGGACUCAAUGAGAAAGAAUAUGUGGAUAUGCACCUCAUUCUUACGAAUGGCGAUUCUUUGAGUGUUCAUGGUGUUGUUCUUGCAGUUCAAUGUCCCUCUCUCCUGCCUUCUAAAGAACUCUAUCUUGAUGAGAAUACAUUCGAUGGUUCUUCAGUACGAGACUUUACAAGGAAAUCGUUUGGAGAGGUACGUAAAGAAAUUCGUUUAUCAGCUCAUGUUGAUCAUCAGGCGUUGCUGAAGUUGUUGGAAUAUGUUUACUGGGGAUAUUUACAAGCAGGAGAGGAACUUGUGAAGAAGUUGAAAACUCUGGCUAAACGUUGUAAUGUGCAGCCUCUAUUACAGCUGCUUUCUAGGAAAAGUCCAAAGUGGGGCACUCCUUUUCCAUACUCUGAUCUUUCUUUGGCUCUUGGUCCAGCUGGACUUCCAUUCUCGGACAUCAUCUUGGAAGCUAAAGCAACUGAGCUAAUGUGCUGGACAUGCAGUUUUUGCUCUCUAUCAGUGCCACAUAUGCAUGUUCACAAGGUUAUAUUGUGGUCAAGCUGUGACUAUAUGCAGGCUUUGUUUCAGUCAGGAAUGCAGGACAGAAUAUUGAACGAGGAUUGGAAUGUUUGAAUUGGAAUGUUCAAGGCUACUUUGAACUCAAGGUGCACGCUAUGAGUUUUGGUGGUAGUAACAAGGUAACUAUAUAGAAGUGCUUUAGGGAUCAAAAUAGGUGAGUAAUGUGAAUGACAGCGGCUGAGUAGUUUACAAAAAAACAAAAUUCUUAUAUAGCUAUUGAUUUGUUUUGAUAAUUGUAGGUAAAGAUCUGGAAACCACAUAGUUUGUCAGGUAUCUUAUUUGUACUACAUAAUGAAUACUAUUUAAAAAUAAAAAAAAUAAUAAAAAAAUUUAUGGUAAUAAUGAAUAUCAUUCUUUUUAAGAAUGAAUUUCAGGUAUAUUGUCAAAAAUAAGUGACCAACUAAAAGUGAUGAAUAAAUCAUUUAGUAUGCUUUGACAGCUUUUUUAUGCUUAAAGAGCAUAAGAGUUUUGGCACUUUCGCCAUAAUGGUGCAUGAACAACUCCCUGAUGUGAAAUUGGGUGAUCUGAAGGAGCGUCUACAUUCAUAUAAAGUUAUCUUGAACCAAGGACAUGGAAUGUCUGCACUAAAACUAAAUACAUGUUACGCUUUUUACUCCAAGUAAUAAAUUGAAACCAUUUAUUGCACAUAAUCCCCUAUUAGAAGUGAAUUAAUUUCAGUAAGUGGAAACCUCCCAAAGUUGAUUGGUGUUGCUUCUAUGCUUCUCAAAAGCCAAAUUUCAAGCCAGUUUUAUUGCUUGGCUAGAUGACAGGUACAAUGGAAAUUCACGGGUAAUGUUGCUAAUGUCUUGUCCAGAGCAGUAAUCUAAGUAGGAAUACUCCAUUGCAAUUGCAGGUUUUUUAUGAGAAUAUGGAAGCACAAGCUUUGUUUGAAGCAGUAUUGUUGCAGGCAUAAGAGACGUUCGACUUCUUUCAAUAGUGGGAAUUCAUUCAUUGGUCUGGAUCCUAACUAGUUUUGUUUCGUAUCUAAUUUCGGAUGUUCUGUCUGGUGGUCACAUUGCUGUUUUUUGCAGUUGUGAUAGGAGUCUUCCUCCAAUCCUACUA